UCUGAAUAAUGUCUGACAGGAAUCUCGGUACGCGAUGCGACCACGGGACGAGAUUCAAUCAGGGGAGAAGAGCUAUAACGACUGGGGUUUCAUUCCUCGAUGCAGCUGUUCCGAAGUCAUUCUCAUGAAUAAAUAAUCAAGCGCCCGAUUAGGUAAGACACUCCAUUUUCAUCGUCAAGCAUUACUUGUACAGUUAGUCCUGGGACGACCUCUGCAUGACAUUGGCCCAGACAGUCCCUCCGAGCGACCGAUGCAGCGACAUCACAGCGAAGAUGAGGAGCCGCUCGAGGAUACAACGACGGCCAUUCCCCUGCGGUCCAAACGCACCGAACGCCUCCAGCGCAAGCGGGCCAUUCGCGACAUGAGACUACGGGAGCAAGCAAACCUCGCCCAGCUCCCCACCGAGUUGAUACUCGCGGUCCUGGAGGACCUGCGUCCGAGCGAAGUCUUUAACUUUUCCUUCGUGAACCGCCGCUUCCAUAAGCUCGUCCAAACGAACGGCAACGCUCUUGGUGAUGAGAUCAUCCGCCGCCGCUACAACAUCCUCACUCGGUGCUUUCCACUGCCGGUUCUGCUUUCUACGAUCGAGCCCUCGGUUCGACCGCUACUGACCGACCCUCUCCGCCUGCUGCGACUCGGGCUCGGUAUCCACCACAACCAAUACCAGCACGUCCACUACCCCGAUCCUGAGCUUGUCUGUACAUGUCUGACCUGUGUCUUGACUUGGAACAACUUAGGUCUCGUGCUGGACUUCGCUCAUUGGCAGAACCACCUUGAUAACGGCUCGCCCAUCCCGAGCCUGCCCGAAGGGCGCAAAGUCGACUGGAACGAAGAAUUGAUCGCUCGACACGCACGAUUGGUUCGGAAAGCUCUAGGAGAAUCAUUGUGGUAUGCCCGUAUCCUUGAAAUACAUUUGUCCAGCAUCGUACGAUCCAUUCGGCGGCACAGGGAAAACAAGGGGAAUAAGAGGAAGCAUGUGGAUAUGACGGAGGAGGAUGCCGCCUCUGGAACAGACCAUUUCUUGUCGAAGGAAGGGCCUGUAACCCUGGAAUUUCCUUUCAAUCGGGACGAAUACUACAUGCUAGAGGCGUAUGUACCGAACAGAUGGUGGAAGCGGUCUGACCAACGCUGGUAUUACACCCUUACGGGGCAACACGAAGCGGACCUCGCGAUGGUGGUCCGGUGGGCGCAUCUCUGAGCAAUGGUUGACGGAAACCGAGAUACAACGCCAGUGGGCAGCUCAUUCAGCCUUGAAGAUAGGUGGUUCUUAUAAUCACUCAGCGGCAC